AUGGCCAACAAGGUCGAAAGAAGGAGCUCUGAACUGUCGAUGGCGGGAGUCGUGAGGCUGCUCGCCGUCGCCAUCUUCCUUGGUUAUAUCUUGGCCUGGGUGAUAGCCCCCACGAACCGGUACAGGGAAAAAUGGCAGCCCAAGCUCCGCGCCGACACCAACUCGACUUACUUCGGAACUCAAGGUUGUCCAAGUUCUCUUGCAGAAGCUCUAACGACGGCAUUCCCCUCUUCUUUAUUCUCACCUCCAAGCCUCUUGUUGUGUUUUCUCAGGGACGAACCUGCUCAUCUACACCUUCCCCAUCCUCUUCAUCUCCAUACUCGGUUGCGUCUACAUCCAUCUGAAGAAGGGCAGGCGGGAAGAUGAAAGGCAUGCUUUAAAUCUGACGUCUCUCUGUCAAACAUAUAGAAAUCAAAUGGUAGAGGGGAAAACGAUCUGCCUCUGGUUAUGCUAAUAUUUUAGUUUUGUUUGUAUUAAACAGCAGAGAGGUGAACCCCGGGGCCAGCUUCUGGAGGAGACCGGCUCUUGUGAGCGGUCCCCUGGGGAUCGUCUCGUGGACGGAGUUGGCCUUCCUGGCCAUGUUCGUUGCGCUCCUCACCUGGUACUUCUCCGUGUACCUCUCCAACAGCUUCUCGCGCAUCACCCCACAGUCGGCGGCCAAGGCCGGAGAGAAAGUGUAAGAAGAGUCCUUCCCUUUCAGUCUUGUCCACUGUCCCGAGGUCUCAGAGGGCCCAACCAGGGGGUAGUAACACACUCGCCCUCCGUUGUUGCAGGUGGGAGGCGAAGUUGGAAUCCGCGGCUCUCCGGCUGGGCCUUCUCGGAAACCUCUGCCUGGCCUUCCUCUUCAUCCCCGUCACCAGGACGUCGUCGAUCCUGCCGCUGGCUGGCCUCACCUCCGAGGGAAGCAUCAAGUACCACAUAUGGCUCGGGCACACCGUCAUGGUCCUCGUUACCCUUCACGGCCUACUGUACGUUAUCUACUGGGCGUCCACCGACUCCCUCUCUUCGGUAAGCGCCUUCUCCUCACUGCAACUGCCAUCUUCCUCCCCGUCGUAUGAGAAGAGAAUAAGAACAGAAAUUCAUGGCUAUUCGUCGUCGAUUCCACGAGCAGAUGCUGGAAUGGGCCAACACGGGCGAGUCGUACGUUGCCGGAGAGUUGGCGCUGCUCUGUGGAUUGGUCCUCUGGGCGACCACUCUGCAACGGGUGCGGCGCAAGAUGUUCGAGCUCUUCUUCUACUCGCACCAACUCUACGUGUUCUUCCUCUUCUUCUUCCUCCUCCACGUGGGAAUCGGCUUCUUCUGCCUCAUCCUCCCGGGGGUCUACCUCUUCAUGAUCGAUCGGUUCCUACGGUUCCUUCAGUCCCGCGGCCGAGUCCGCCUGGUCUCAGCCCGCCUUCUUCCGGGCGACAGCAUCGAGCUUAACUUCGCCAAGAGCCCCAGUGAGUCAGUCUUCCUGGCCCGGAUAACCCUUUCGACACAGCCCUCGUUCCGUCUCAUAUCUUCUUCUUCUUCGUCUCUCCUGCUAGGUCUGGAGUACAACCCCCUGAGCAACGUCUUCGUCAACGUCCCCGCCGUCUCCAGGCUGCAGUGGCACCCCUUCACGGUGUCGUCAAACAGCAACCUCGAACCCGACACGCUCAGUGUAAUCAUCAAGAAAGAGGGCUCCUGGACGCAGAAGCUGCACCAGGUCCUCGCCUCGAGCCCCCCGGAGCGGCUGGAGGUCGCCCUGGAGGGACCCUACGGCCCCGUCUCCAAUAGCUUCUCAAGGUUCGUUCGUCCGUUCCUUCAGGGGGUGGCAGGAGGAGGAUGGAGGAGGAUGGAGGGUGGAGGGUCUAUAACUCUUCGCUUUGUGGAGACACCGUUCAUGCUUCUCCGCCUGAGGUCUUUUGUGUCGUGUUUAUUAUCAGGUACAAUUCGCUGGUACUGAUCAGCGGCGGGAGCGGCAUCACGCCUUUUAUCUCCAUCAUCCGGGAGUUCAUCUUCCGCAGCGCCACCGGAGAAGGCGCCACGCCAAAGAUCCACCUCAUCUGCGCGUUCAAGAACUCAGCCGAUCUGACGAUGCUCGACCUUCUUCUCCCCAUUUCGGGCAGCGUCUCCGACAUCUCCCGUCUGCGGCUGCGUGUGGACGCCUUCGUCACCAGGGAGAAGGCCCCCACCGGCAAAGGAGACGCCGUCCGCACGCUCUGGUUCAAGCCCAGGCCCACAGACCAGCCGGCGGCGGCCGUUUUGGGCCCUCACAGCUGGCUCCUGCUCGCCGCGGUUAUCGCGUCCUCCUUCGUGGCGUUCCUCCUGCUUAUCGGGAUCAUGAACCGCUACUAUAUCUAUCCUAAGGACCAUAACACCAACAAGGUGUACUCUUACACCGCCAAGGCCCUCCUCAACUUGCUCAUUAUCUGCGCCACCAUCGCCGCCACGGCGGCGGCGGCGUUCCUCUGGGGUAAGCAGCGGCACGCCGCCGAAGGCAGGCAGGUCCAGAUUGCGAACGCCCCUACGCCGGCGGGUGUGUCCCCCGGCACCUGGUUCCACAACGCGGAGCAGGAGCUGGAGAGCCUCCCGCAGGAAUCCCUCGUACGGUCCACCAACGUGCAAUUCGGCGCAAGGCCCGAUCUCAAGAGUAAGCUUUCCCGCCGUUCAUCCUCGUUGACCUCUGCAUCAUUCUAGAAGGGAUUUUCUUAUGUGCAGUCAACUCCCUGUUGCAGAGAUCCUGUUGGAGCAGGAGGAGAAGGACGUCGGUGUCCUGGUCAGCGGGCCCAGAGGGAUGCGCCGCGACGUGGCCAAGAUCUGCUCGUCCGGCCUCACCGACAACCUUCACUACGAGUCAAUGAGCUUCAGCUGGUGA